GAGAGAGUGUGUAUUUUCAUGCGAUGUAUCUCGAAAAUUGUUAGUAUUUACUCUUGGAAUCAGAGGAAAAAAAUGAAGCGUUUUCAUCUCCGUCCUUCUCGAAUGAAUGGACGACAUGCGUCUAUCGUGGCUGUGGCGUCUCUCACCUCCAAUGGCGCUCUUGGACAAGCUUCACGUUCCGCAACAGCAGUAGCUCCGAUAACAGAGGUUGAUGAGUUAGCCGAGAUUUUGGCCCGCGUCGAUCCUGUCCUAUUGCAAUCGCUGGUUGAGGAUGAUGACUCUGUAUCUACUACAGGUACAGCGACCCCUAGACAAGCUGCUUCCAAGAUGGUAUCUUCAGCGAAGAACCCGCCGUCUGUAGAUGAUGUUGUCAUCGAAGAGAAGCACAAGAAUCUGGCUGAACGCGUGUUGGUCGAGUACAAGCCGCGCUUUGGACAGAGCAAUUCGCCAACCUCCGCGAAUUGCACGUGGCGCUAUUUCAACCAGCCCUUGGACCACUUUGCAGGGAUAACAACACCAACCGAACCACAAUUCGUUUUACAACAGAGAACCUGCUUCUACGAAGAUUUUCACGCGGGAGCUGAAAAGCAAAAAGAUGUGAAAGAAAAAUCAUCGUUCAGACUUGUUUUCUUUUACGUCGGGAACGAGUCGCCGGUUGACGUGUACAUCAACAACACGGGUUUAAUGUGGAACCUGGCGAAGGAGAUGAACGCAGGCAUUAUAUUUGCGGAGCAUCGCUAUGAGGGUGCGAGUGUGCCAAAAAACUUGAACGGAACUGCGAAUUGUCUGGCGUACGCCAGUUCCAAGCAGGCCCUUGCUGACUACGCGCUGUUGAUCGAGACGUUGCGUUUGACAGAUCCGCUUUAUCGUGACGCCCGCUUUGUUGCAGUCGGUGGGAGCUACGGUGGCAUGUUGGCUGCGUGGGCUCGCACGAAGUACCCACACGUCUUUGCCGGAGCAAUUGCAGGGAGCGCGCCGAUCUACGGAAUUCCCACUUUUUUUCCGCAGUUGAAACUCGAUGCAUCCGCAGUUGCGGUUACGCGGGGACUUUCUGCACCGGGCGGCCAACCCAACGAUUUCUGUGCCGACAAUUAUCAGGCAGCAUGGGUUCUGCUUGCCUUUUGGCUGAAAGCUGAAAAAGGCGGAGACAAAAUCCAGAAGGCGAUGAGUCUUUGCACGGAGCCAGGUACUAAAUAGCAAUGGAAGUAGUAGUAGAAAGCUUUUACGAAUCGAGAUCUAACAAAUUACAUCAAGUAGAAAACCGACAAGGACAAUGUUUGAGCGCAAAAAUAGUAUUUUGACGUUUUAUCAUUAUUGUGCACCCUCAAGACUUGUACUCUUCAUACAACGUCCACACUCUCUUCACCUAGCACUCUCUUCGCCUACCAGGACCCGACGACGCGGCCCAACUCUUGACGUAUCUGCAGUCGUCUUUUUUCCUAAUGGCUGAGGGCAACUAUCCCUUUCCGAGCAACUACAUCACUGGGGCAGUCGGGGGAAAUACCUCCGCCAUGCUGCCAGCGUGGCCCAUGAAGCUCGCCUGUCAGGGACUUACAGAGAAGCUUCUAGCGUUGUCGAAAUCAACAACAGACGGAACCAGUUUCAAUAUCGCGAUAAAAACUUCUAAAUCUGGUCAAGAACAAACAUCAACAAGCGCUUAUGCAGCUUCUGGUUCUCCUACAACUGGACCAGCCAAGACUGCCUCGAGCAGCUCCACCUACGUCCUGGCCGUCACGGGAGAUGAAGUCGCGGACGUUUCAGCACCAGGCACGGCGUUCCCAGAGGCGUUUGUCGCAGAUUUAAUGGGCAAGGUUGCGUCAGGUGUUGGUGUUUGGUACAACGUCACAGAGCACGUGAAGUGCUUCGACUGGCAAGCCGCACCACCGGAUAAAAGCGCAACUCAUGUUCAACACGUAGAAAUUAGGCAUCAGCACAAUAAGAUGGAGAAAGAACAAGCUGGUAGUAACGACACGACCACGAGGACAGCAGGUGCGGCGUUAUCCAUGCUAGCGUCGCCGGUAACUUCGAAUAACCGGAAAAGCAUGACUAUGUCUGUUUCGGCUAGUCCACAACAACGCCAUUUUAUGCGACCCGGAGGACCUGCCAAAUCCGCUGACCGAACUUCUUCGCUCCUGUCAUCCGCUUCUCGCCCUUCGGAGGAACUACCGCACAUUGACAGAAAAAGAGACCACGAGGAUGACAAACAAGAGUCAGCAUCUUCUUCCAGAGCUACUAGAAGAACUACGUCAAAUUCAGAAAGCAACGUGUGUCGAUAUGAUGUCCCCGGCAACUUCGUCCCAAGCGCCUUUUCCUGGGGUCCGACAGUCUGUAACGAUCAGAUGUUUCUCGUAAACUAUGCUAGUCAAGGCUAUGGUCGCGAUUUCUAUUGGCCACCUUCGGGGCCUCGAAAUUUGUCAGAGCUGUACGGUCCGUUGAAAAGCAUCAUAGCCGAAACAUCUCAAACCAACGCAUCGAGCUGCAGUAUGGAGUACGGAGCACAAGGUCUGUUCGGCCUCAACGCGAGAGAUGAUCCGUACGGGCAGGAGCUGUCUUCCUAUUAUGGAGACAUGACGCCCGCAGCAGAUGACUAUACGGCGGCCGGCGCUUCGAACAUUGUCUUCAGCAAUGGCCUGCUAGAUCCCUGGGUCGGUGGCGGAGUAGAUGUCCCACAGAGCUUGGCAGCUUCGCAAAAAUACCAUGGAAGACUGAUCUUUAUGAUGAUGGAAACUCAGUCUCAAAAUCCAGCUCAUCGAAAUUAAUGUACAACAACUAGUUUUUUUGUUGUUAUAUUAGAAUUAGAGUUCUCUUCUGCUUCGAGAUGGACAACGAUAGAUAAAGAUAUUUCCACCAUUCGUACUCAGCAUCAUGAUCAUCUCUGCCCCUCUUCAUGCCCUAUCCGGCAAGAGGCUCGUCUGUGAGUCACAGUCUCAUCGUUGCGCUUGUAACACUCGGAGCACAUCAUCUGGAUCUCAUGUUUCCCUCAGAAGGCGACCCUAUGGAGGUGAAGCUUGUGCGAUGGGUAGAGAAGCGCCUCAUCCAGAAAUGGGCCUUAUCUUCGAGGAGAAAGAAGCCCAGAGGAGCCGCAGUGCUGAGCACUACUAGUGCAGGAAAUUCAGUGGGAUCUUCAUCGACUUCCGAGAAUGAUGAGUUGCUGGUCUGGGAGUAAUUUCUUCACGGUUUUUGCAGCAGAAGCAAGUCCCAGCUUCUUGUCAGUGACAGUGUUCAGUAAAAGGUGGAGUAACCUAGUAGACAUGCGAUCAUCGCGACCCCAUCCGGGGGAGUCCCCCAGAAAUAUUUUUUUUAUUACUUUUUGAUUCUGAUUCAUUUAGAUUUUGCAAAUAUCUUGAAUUUCGUCCAUACGCUUAAGUAGCCGUUGUAAAGUGUUUCGUUUGCCAUUGACGCACACACAAAGUCGGGAGAGUCGGUCCUUUUGUCGACGUUUCAUGGAGUUAGAGAUUGAGAUGCGAAUCUGAAUGGAAUCGCUGAUACAAUUGUAAAUGUACAUACUACAAACACCUGACGCUCAAGAAAAAAUACAGGGCAGGAAUAUUGCAGGCAGCUAACAUGAACUAACCAGGGCAGCCAGCCAGUUGCUCCUCUGGUUGCUGCAAUUUGGGGUAGAAAUUAUACCAGGAGCAAGAGCAACACUGCAUGGGUUCGGC